CAGCUGCUGGAGCUACAAAGGCUUUUUUCAUCUGCUGCCAGGAUGAGAGUGAUACAGCUUCCCAACCCAUCUAGGAUUCUGUGUUUUGCUUUCUAUAUUAUCUUCACCCUACUUCAGCAGGCUACCGCAGAAAGAGAACUGAAGUUUGUGGCUGUAGUUUUCCGACAUGGCGACAGAACGCCAAUUGUAAACUUUCCAACUGAUCUACACAAAGAAAGUGAAUGGCCCCAAGGUUUUGGACAACUUACCAAGACUGGAAUGCAGCAGCUGUAUGAACUUGGACAGUACGUGAGGAAGAGAUAUUCCAACUUUCUGAACAGCACAUACAACCGGAAAGAGUUUUAUAUCCAAAGUACAGAUUAUGAUCGCACCAUUAUGAGUGCCCAGUCAUACCUAUCUGGCCUCUUUCCACCAACUAGCAGCCAAAUUUGGAACCCUGAGCUUCUCUGGCAACCUAUUCCUGUUCAUAUUGUGCCAAAAGCAACAGACAGGAGGCUGCAUUUUCCUCUGAGUGAUUGUCCCCGUUUUGAUGAACUUCAGAAUGAAACCCAAACAUCUAGUGAAUUUCAAAGUAGAAUACAACCAUACAUGGAUUUUUUACAAACAAUGGCAGUUAACACAGGGCUUGAACUAAAUCAUCUUAAAAUACUUGACAAUUUCCAGCUCUGGAACACAUACGAUACAUUAUACUGUGAGGGUAUUCACAAUUACUCUCUCCCUGUAUGGGCCACCAAAGAUGUAGUGGACAAGAUGGAAAAACUGGCAGAGUUGUCAUUAUUAUCACUAUUUGGGGUUUAUAAAACAGAAGAGAAGUCACGACUACAAGGAGGUGUCCUUGUGAAUAUUAUUCUAAAUAGUUUUAAACAAGCUGCCAAUUCUUCAAGAGAAAGAAAAAUGGAGGUCUACUCUGCUCAUGACACCACAAUUGGGGCCCUCCAGAUCGCUCUCAAUAUUUUCAAUGGAAAACUGCCACCAUAUGCUGCUUGUCAGUUUUUUGAACUCUACCAAGAAAGCAGUGGGCAAUAUAGCAUUGAAAUGCAUUAUCGGAAUGACUCUUCAAAGGACCCUUACCUGCUCACUCUGCCAGGAUGCACCUCUUCUUGCCCACUUGAGAAGUUCACUGAAUUAGUUUCUCCUGUAAUUACGGAAAGCUGGUCAAAAGAAUGCGGGAAGAAAGACAAAACAAAAGAUAUUUUUAUCGGAUUUGAUGUUGCUGUUGGCUUGUUGUUCAUUUUUGACCUUAUACUGCUCUACCUCCUUUAUCAUUAUGGACGCUGCAGGCGCAGAAACAAUUACCAAGACAUUUAAAGGAGAGGCGAAGAAAUAGGAGAGAGAGCAGCUAGACAUCAGACAACUCUUAAGUUGCUCUGGUUUGUAUCCAUCAGUUUAGUCUGGCCGAAUUAAUCUCCAAAGCAUGUUCAAAAAACUUGAAGAGCUGAGGUAUCUGUGGCCUAGCUCCUAAAAGACUAAAUAUCUACAGUGAGAAACACUGUAGAAAUAUGUUUUACACUGCUAUUAAACAUUAUCAUAUCAAAUACUCGAGUGAAGGGAUACUAUUGCCUUUUUUUAAAUUUAUUUAUUGCUUACUACCCUUUAGACCUCUGCUUCUCUCUCACCCUGCUCAAGGAGCCUUUCCUGAAAAUCAUAGGCUGCAAUAUUUUUCUUACUUCUAUAAAUGGCUAUUUUGAUGAUACAUAGGAAAAUGUUUUCAGUGAACAGAAGCUGCAAGUACUGUGCGAGAAAUAUUCAUACCAGCAUUUUCACCCUGGCCUCCAGCUAAUAAAAGCCUGCAGCCUGUUCCUCAAAGGAGUUAUACUGCUACAGCUCUCACUGAAAUUUGUAGAAUGUAGUGGGGGCACUGUCACAUAGCCAGGCAUCAAGAAGCUUAAUGCAACAGGGUCUUGGUCAGUGCAUACAGAUCCAAUAAUACAUAGAGACAAAUAAUAUUUUCUGUAACAAUACUUCUUUCCUAUUUUUCUGAGCUCUCAUUCAUGGAUGACCCUUUGCCCUGCAUCUUUUCUUUGACACAUCUGUACUUUGUCUUGAUUCAGGUCCCUUCUAUAAUCUUAGUUCUUUGCGCCACUUCUUGAAUGAUUCCUCUGGCUAUCACUCUGUUAAUCAUUUUAACAUUUUAAUGCUUGCUUUACUCAAAAACAAAAUUAAAUAAAUAAAUAAAUAAACAAAACCUUGCUCAACUUCAAUUCAAAACACCUAUGUUCUCAAGAUAUCAGGACAUGCACUGGAAGAAAAAAAAUAAUACUAAUAAGGAUAAUUCAGCUUUUUGUAUGUUAAUCUCUUCUGUGAAAUAUGUUUUAUUUGUUUAGAUUGUAAGCUCCUAGGGGUAGGGAAUGUGUUUCUAUAAUUGUUCUCUAGUAUCAUGAACUAGUCUCAUAAGCACUGACGUUGUAUAAAAUACUGCUAAUCAUCAUAUCUUCUGAACCAACAUUUUUAUCCUGUAGUCCUGCAGAGGAUACUGUGACUUACAUUACUGUGGAGAAGCCUUUCAAAAAAUCAAGACACCUAUACAGACAGGUGCCAACAGCAAGCUCAGCCUGACAUACACAAUGAGCAAUCAUGUGCUCAAGCUGAUGAGUCCUAUUCAGGUACAGAAGCCUAGAAAAAGCUGAGAUGGAGCUGCUUAGCUCACACAUAGCAUCACACCAGUGUGGAUAUGCUGCUUUUGGACUGACUUUGACUCACGUCUGUGGGUUGCAAUUUGAAGCACGGGACCUUGGGUGAAGUACCUCUGAUCUACAGAGACCUGCCCUCAAUAUUACAGCAAUGGACACAUUUAAAAUGUGAUAUUGUUAGAUGUAUGGAUUUUAAAUAGCAAAAAUCAAGCAGAAAAGCAAAAACUUGUGGAAAUAAAGUACUUUCCAAGAAC